AUGAAUAAUGUUUGGAUGGCAAAUGGUGGUUUUUCAAUCAUUUUGCAUGGUAAUAAUCAAACUGAAUGGGAUACAGUACGAUAUCCAUAUAAAUCAUUUUAUGAAACAAAAAAAUUUUGCUGUUUCAUUUGGGAAACGUUGGAUUGUGAAUUGGAUGUAGCGACAGAAUGUAAUGAACAAUAUUCGACAAAAUUAGAAUCAAAUACACGAGAUACAUUUAAAAAAGUAUGUGAUCAAAUUGUUGGUUCUAAUUAUGGUUCGGAUUGUUGGUGGACAGAAGAAAGACAAAUUAUUUUUGGUAUUUUAGCUGGAAUCCUUAUUUUGGCUUUUAUUUUGAUCUUUGCAAUCGUUGGAUGUCAAAUUCAUCAACAUACUAAACUUGAUGAAUCACCAAACUAUCCAAAAGCAAAAAAAAUAACCGAUCCAAAAAAGCUUCAAAAAUUGAAAGAAUUUUUAUAUCCAGAAUCAAUAGGAAAUAUUCAAAAACCAGUAGAAUUAAGUGCAGUGAAUCUACAAUCACCAAAAACAAUAACUGUUCAAAAUAUUGGACAAGCAAGAGAUUAUAGAAUUUUUAAUGAAAUAAAAAAAAUGGAUUUUCCAAUUCAACCGGAAAUGUUGGAUGAUUUUCUACCAAUACCGAAUGUAAACGUUCCAUUAAUAAUUAUAACGCCACCAACACCACCACCAUCACCACCACCAUCACCAUCAUCAACAAUACAACUACCGGUUAUUGAUCAAGCAAAUGUAGCAAAAAAUAUUUCCGAAAUGAUAUUAACAACCAAUAUUCAAAAUACAAAAUUAUUAUAAAUUUUUACAAUAUAAACAAUGUGUGUUA